UGAACAACUGGUUACAUCCAACUACCUGAACUCUACACUUGGAUUUUUAAUUAUGACCUUUAACUUCGAGGCUAUCACUUGACUCGGGAACAAGGAAGUCGAAGUUCAGCUCAUUAAAUUCAAUGAACGAUGACAACCUAAAUUUUUUUUUUUUCUCGACCAUCUCUGUUCAACUUCUGGUUGUUGCACAAUGCAACCCUACCCACAAGGUGCGCGCAGACGUCACAGGUGGCUGUAUUAUGUUUCAUGACGCGGACGGCGGUGGUUCGCUGGUGGCCUGAUCCGGCUGAUCCGGCUUCGACACGAUGACAACUGACGGGAUCCCAAAUGUCAACUAUAAAAGUGGCAUGGCCGGCACAUUGAAUUUUACUUCUAAUAACGUCUGGCUCCUGGCUUCAGGCCUCGCACUGCUCUCUCUCUCUUGUUUAGGACGGACGCCAGGUAGCUCUAAGAGGCAGGUCAGUACUCAGUGGUACCGGUACCAACAACGAUGGUGAGGGUUCUUUAAUCAAUUAAAACGACUUGGCGAUUGCACGAUUCAUAAUCAUUAUUAAGGUGGUAUUAUUAUUUUUUUUGUGUUCACAGCCGCAGUUAUAGCGAAUGAAAAGAACACACUUGUUUUAACAUCUUUUGUUUGUUUGUUUGUUUGUUUGUUUUUGUUCACAACCGCAGUUAUAGCGAAUGAAAAGAACACACUUGUUUUAACAUCUUUUGUUUGUUUGUUUGUUUGUUUGUUUGUUUUUGUUCACAACCGCAGUUAUAGCGAAUGAAAAGAACACACUUGUUUUAACAUCUUUUGUUUGUUUGUUUGUUUGUUUGUUUGUUUUUGUUCACAACCGCAGUUAUAGCGAAUGAAAAGAACACACUUGUUUUAACAUCUUUUGUUUGUUUGUUUGUUUGUUUGUUUGUUUUUGUUCACAACCGCAGUUAUAGCGAAUGAAAAGAACACACUUGUUUUAACAUCUUUUGUUUGUUUGUUUGUUUGUUUGUUUUUGCUCACAACCGCAGUUAUAGCGAAUGAAAAGAACACACUUGUUUUAACAUCUUUUGUUUGUUUUUUUUUGUUGUUGUUUUUUUUGUGUUCACAACCGCAGUUAUAGCGAAUGAAAAGAACACACUUGUUUUAGCAUCUUUUGUUUGUUUGUUUGUUGGUUUUUUUUUGUUGCUUUUGGUAAACUCUUGUGACGCUAGACACGCUAAAGCUAAGGCCCCGUGCACCGUGUUUGUGAUCGAAUGUAGAUUGUUACAUAAAUAACCGAACCAAACUGUUCGAUAAUUACGUUAUAAUGGAAAGUGCCAAAGUCAUUAAAUUGUUGCAAUCGAAUGGAGUUUUGUUCAUUUUCAGAUUUGAAAAAAAAAAAAAAAGAAAAACAAUCUGUAAGGGGUGUGAGACUUGUUUUAAGUGUGUCUGUUGGUGGGGAGGGGGUGUGUGAAGAAUAUCAACACAUGUGGAAACACAUCCCUAAAACUAAGCUGUCUAAAGCCCAGAUUACGGAAGCAUUUUAAAAAUAUUUUAAAACAAUUUUAGUAUUAUUAUUAUUAGUAUUAUUUUUUAUUAGGAUUCACUUGCAAAAGUAAUCUGGCUAUCAGUGCCGUGACGUGUCCGUUACGUCAGUUACGGGCUUUUGUGAUAGGAUAAGUUUGACAUAAUUAUUGAACUGGCAUCAACAAGGGGGUAAUGUUCUACAAAAAUGAAGUGUCAAAAUAACUCGUAGAGUAUCUUCCUUAUGACAACACUAACAAAGAGAUAUCUUAAUUUAGAAACACAUUGCACUAGUGAACAUAUGUUUAAUGUUUCGAAUUAUUUAUAUGAUUAAUAAUGUGUAGCCGUCUUUGUACCGACCCUGGGUUGUACCGUCCCUGGGUUGUACCGUCCCUGGGUUGUACCGUCCCUGUUUUGUAUCGUCCCUGUGUAGUAUCGUCCCUGUGUAGUAUCGUCCCUGUGUUGUAUCGUCCAUGUUUUGUAUCGUCCCUGUGUUGUAUCGUGCCUGUGUUGUAUCGUCCCUGUGUUGUAUCGUCCAUGUGUUGUAUCGUCCCUGGGUUGUAUCGUCCCUGGGUUGUAUCGUCCCUGGGUUUUAUCGUCCAUGUGUAGUAUCGUCCUUGUUUUGUAUCGUCCCUGUGUUUUAUCGUCCCUGUGUUGUAUCGUCCCUGUGUUGUAUCGUCCCUGUGUUGUAUCGUCCAUGUGUUGUAUCGUCCCUGUGUUGUAACGUCCCUGUGUUGUAUCGUCCCUGUUUUGUAUCGUCCCUGUGUUUUAUCGUCCCUGUGUUGUAUCGCCCCUGGGUUGUAUCGUCCCUGGGGUUAUCGUUCCUGUGUAGUAUCGUCCCUGUGUAGUAUCGUCCCUAUUUAGUAUCGUCCCUGUGUAGCAUCGUCCCCGGGUUUGGGCCUUCCAUAAACCUUACCCGCAACAUCCGUCAAAAUAAUAAUUUAAAAAAUUAAAAUAAAUUCAUAAAUUUAAAAAAAAUGGUGCGAAGUCGAAAGUGCUCAAUGUUCAUGAACUUGUUCAGAUAUUUCUGGAGUUUGAUUUUUAAAGUUCAUAUCACAUUCCCAGAUUCAUUGAAUUAAGGGGCUAACUAAUUAUUUAGGGUUGACCAAAUCUGGCGUGCUCGCACCACCAUCGGGUGCGAGGUGUAUUUCAUGCCGUGAUGGCGUUAAGUAUUGUGGACCAUGAAAAGUAAUAAUCCCUAGCACUUCUAGUUGAUAACUAUCCCUCGGCAGAUGAACACUGCGUCGUCAAAGCUUGGCAUUUAAUAAUAUGACCCCCUCCGCUCGCCCCCCCCCCUCAUGAUGUUAUCAAUUCACCUCGCGGCGUUCUUAAAAGCCCCACGAAUGCUAACUGUGAGGACCGCUGUUUUGGGUAAUACAGUUUUCACGUGUGGAAAACAUGUGACCGCGCGUCUGCACGAACUUUAGAGAGACCCUUGCUAUGAAAAACAAGACAACAGAUAGCUCAUUUGUGCACCGAUAGAGACAUAUGGUGCAGACGACUUGGCAACGUGGAGGUGUGUCACGGCCCCGCCACCGAAUCCAGCCAAUCAGAGCCGAUGUUUUCUUCGCUGGCAAGGUCAAGGCUGUUUUAAUGUACCUGAUAAAUCCCCUCCCCCUCCCCCCACCCACAUAAAAAAAUACCGUCUAAAAGACGACAAACAACUUCCAUUACUGACGCAACUCAAUAGCAUGACCGAGUUUUUGUCUUUCUAUUUCCUUCUCAGUCUUAUCAUCUCAGACUGCACGACCCAUCUGUUCGGUUUUUGAAGUAGGCCUACAUUUCAUAAAUAUUCCGUGGUCAGUUGUGACACUUUAUGAGGAGUUGGUUGGUUGACAUUUUGAUUUUGUUAACAAGUUUCUGUUUGAAAUCGCGAUGGCAUACUCCCCCCCCCCCACACACACACCCAAUUAAACACAAAAGCUGAUUUUAAAAUUAAUUUAUAAGAGUCAUUUACCCCCCCUCCCCCUUUUUUUUCCCCACGAAGUUGUCGCGUAACCAUUUUGUCUAUUUCUAAAUAAUUCUGUUCAUGUCACAAUCGUUUUAUGUCAAAAUAAUGUUCUUCAUGUCACAACCAUUUUUUAUUCAUGUCAAUUUAAUUUAGUUCAGGUCACAACCAUUUUGUUAAUGUCAAAGUCAAAAUCAUCAAUAUUUUUUUAAUGUCAAAACCAUUUUUUUAUGCCACAAUCAUUUUGUUAAUUUCACAAAGCUUUUGUUCAUGUCAUAACCACUUUGUUCAUGUCAUAACCACUUUGUUCAUGCCAUAACCACUUUGUUCAUGCCAUAACCACUUUGUUCAUGCCAUAACCACUUUGUUCAUGCCAUAACCACUUUGUUCAUGUCAUAACCACUUUGUUCAUGUCAUAACCACUUUGUUCAUGUCAUAACCACUUUGUUCAUGUCAUAACCACUUUGUUCAUGUCAUAACCACUUUGUUCAUGUCACGCUCAUUUUGUUCUUGCCGCAUUAUUUAUUUUGAUGUCUAUUGCAACUUACCGCGUCAAGUUAGAGGUUUGCAAGGGGACGGAGGUCGAUAACUUGAGAAGCGUCAGCAAUGUAAAAAAAAAAAAAGAACAAUAAUAAACAACCCAUAAUAAUAAAAAAAUAAAAAAACCGAGACAAGCUGUUAUACCGAUAUUUGCCGAUCAAGAACAAGUCAGUCGUGGGCCCAAUGUUAUAAAUUAAAGUUAGAGGUUUGAAAGGGGAAGGAGGUCGAUAACUUGAGAAGCGUAAGCAAUGUAAAAAAAAAAAAAAGAACAAUAAUAAACAACCCAUAAUAAUAAAAAAAUAAAAAAACCGAGACAAGCUGUUAUACCGAUAUUUGCCGAUCAAGAACAAGUCAGUCGUGGGCCCAAUGUUAUAAAUAGACGAGUGCCGGCGUCACGCUUCGAUGGUCCAAGUGCCCGUCUGUAGCGGCUUAUAAUCAUGGGAAGAUUGGUUAAGGUGCCACUGAAUUGAAAAAGAACCAACAACUGAAUAAACUCUUUGAUUCUAAACACUUCUAUAGGGGAGGCCGAGCUAAUCGCUUUUGACGUCCACGGCCAACAGUGGGCACCUGCUCUAACUGUUGGGCUGUGCCAUGCAACAUUUCUUGAACUGUAGGUCUGGUCUGCUGCUCAAUACCCCCCCCCCCCGGGGCGAACACGGUCGUGAUCCCCCUCAGUGGUCAGCGUUUCCGCGUGCGGUGCCUCUUUUCAAAUUACCGCUCAUCACACACCUCUGUCUCGUCCUUCUUUGCUCCCAAAAAAUGAUUCUUUUUCAUUGUUUGCUAUCAUGUAUUUAUAUUCUUUGACACGUUCCUCGAGCCUCUGAAUUUCGUAUAUUUGCAGGUGUGUUUCUCAUCAACGUUCAGAAAACCCAGAGGAUCUCGCUGAGCACACCGGUCUUCUAAAACAACACUACUAGUACAAGCGGCAAUUCUAUUUACGCACAGUAACAUCAUGAUGUCUCAAGAAAUUAAAAAAGCCCGAAAAGGCUGGAACAUCCCCGUCUCCAAGAUGGCAGAGAACACGUUCAACCCAAUUCGAAGUAUAGUGGACACCAUGAAGAUCGAACCACACCCCGACAAACCUAUGAUUGCAUUGUCCAUCGGUGAGAUCAUAUAGCAAUCUUUAUCUUUUACACAAUCUUAGCAGGGCACCUUUGAAACCAUCUCAGUUUUUGUGUGUGUUUACAUGGGGCUUAGACAGAAUGGAUUGAGUUUUCAAAUAUACCACACACCAGGCCGGUAUUAAAUGUGACAACAAAAAAUGUUUUCGAAGUUUACAUGUUAUGCUUCUAUCCCUCCAGGGGAUCCCACAACAUUCGGCAACCUGCCCAUGGCUGACACCGUUGAGGAAGCCGUCAUUGACUGCAUCAGACAGAGGAAAUACAACGGCUACGCUCCUUCCGUGGGUAGGUUAUUGCAGCCAACCGUUUCCACACUAAACCGACUUCAGCGUCUGUCUUCAAAUUAGUUGCAACUCACUGACAAGUUAAAAUAGACUGUCAUAGAGCAACAUUUGGAGAUCAAACAAUGACAAGUUAAAAUAGACUGUCGUAGAGCAACAUUUGGAGAUCAAACAAUGACAAGUUAAAAGAGACUGUCGUAGAGCAACAUUUGGAGAUCAAACAAUGACAAGUUAAAAUAGACUGUCGUAGAGCAACAUUUGGAGAUCAAACAAUGACAAGUUAAAAUAGACUGUCGUAGAGCAACAUUUGGAGAUCAAACAAUGACAAGUUAAAAUAGACUGUCGUAGAGCAACAUUUGGAGAUCAAAUAAUGACAAGUUAAAAUAGACUGUCGUAGAGCAACAUUUGGAGAUCAAACAAUGACAAGUUAAAAUAGACUGUAGUAGAGCAACAUUUGGAGAUCAAACAAGGCAUUGUUUUUCUUUCUUAUAUCCAUCGUUAGAUCAUGGACUGUAGACCACAUGGACUAUAGACCACAUAGACUAUAGACCACAUAUAGACCACAUAGGCUAUAGACCACAUAGACUGUGGACCACAUAGACUAUAGACCACAUAGACUAUAGACCACAUAGACUAUAGACCACAUAGGCAAUAGACCACAAAGGCUAUAGACCACAUAGACUGUGGACCACAUAGACUAUAGACCACAUAGACUAUAGACCACAUAGGCUAUAGACUACAUAGGCUAUAGACUACAUAGGCUAUAGACCACAUAGACUGCAUACCACAUAGACUGUAGACAUAUUGAUUUUCAUUCAACAUCGAUGUCCCCAUAUAUUAUUAUGAUAAAGUAGGGCAUUCGUAGGAUAUUUCACUACAAUUUAAUAUAAAUCGAGAGGGGACAAAAAUGUCACAUAAAAUUCAGAGGUCAUUACUGAUCUUAACUUUCCAGGUUUUGAGUUCGCCCGUCAAGCUGUAGCAGACUAUGUGUCCACUCCUACUUCUCAAGUCGGAGCCAAGGUAAACUUUAAAAAAAAAAAAAAAAAAAAAAACAAAAAAAAAUUAAAUAAAAAAAAAAAAAAAAAAAAAAAAUAAAAAAAAAUCAAAGAAAACAUUAAAAAAAAAAAAAAAAAAAAAAAGCUAUAAUUAUUUACGGGUAAAAAUAAACAAGUAAACAAUGCGCCAAAACAUCUGAAUGAGAAUGUCGUACAAAUCUGCAAAAUAUCCGAGCAGAAACAUUGUGACCAUAAAUUUAAGCACAUGAAAAUUUAUUUAUUGGAGCAAAAGAAAAAGUAAUCAUAGAAACAUCCCUAUGAAUUCAAUGACGAUAGAUUAAAGGCAGUUAUCUAAUAUUAUUAAUCGAAUUUAAUUAAAUUUACAUCAAGAUAACACAAGUGUGUCUGAUUGGGUCAAAAUUACAGUUAAAAUAUAUGAUGUCCUGGAUUUACUUGAUGUAGAAUUCAUGAGAGGUUACUUUCAUUACCAAAUAUUCGUCUAGUAGGAAAUAAGAAACACGGGUAAGAGUAAUACUGAAUUUAAAAAAAAAAAAAAAAAAGAAAAAAAAAAAAAACUUAUUAAAAAAAAAAAAAAAAAAAAAAAAAACGGAAAAAAAAAAAAAUAAAUUAAAAAAAAAAAAAAAAAAAGAAAAAAAAAAAGCCUUCUUGGACAAAAAGGAAAAAUCAAAGAAAAUUUCUAAAUGGUUUUUGCUGUGUUUCUUAUUACUAAAUAUAAGGUGACCCAUUUGUUUCCUUCCAUAAUCAAGAUAUUUCAAAAUGUUCACAUUAACAAAAAAACUUGGACAUGUAACAUCUUUUUGCGCCAUGGGUUCCCCCCAAUAAACAAUUAUUUGUGAUUACAAUUGCGCGGAGUCCAUGUAAAAAAAAAAUAAAAAAAAAAUAUUGAUUCUACUGAUACCAAUUCAUGUAGACAACUCGAUCUUUUCAUAAAUUAAAUUAAUAAUGAUAAAAAUUGUAGUUUAAACUGUACUGGGUUCAGCUAACGAAAAAAGUUUUUGAAAAAAACAACAACCCAGCACUGUCCUGACAAAAACAGUGUGAAUGUUCAUCUGAUGGCGGUCCUCUCUCUCCCCCCCCCCCCCCCCACCCCCCUCUUCCUUUUCUUGUUCUAAUACUGGUAUUACUCAAAUAUUGUAUUUUAACAUGAUAUUUAUGAGUGCACACAGCUUUUUUACAUAAUAAAUUCAAUGCUUCCAAUUUGUGUUGUCGUUUACAGGACAUUAUUUUGGCCAGCGGAUGCUCUGGUGCUCUCGAUCUUUGCAUCUCAUGCCUGGCAGAACCGGGGCAAAAUAUCUUGGUUCCAAGGCCAGGUUUCUCGUUGUACAAAACACUGGCAGAAUCUCUUGGCAUCCAUGUCAAACAGUAUGAUCUCUUGGUAAGUAAUCACCUCUACAAACAUGUGUGCAUAGUUUGCCACAAUAUAUAUUUAUAUAUAAAUAAGCAUCAUCUAGGCCUAUGCAGUAGACUCAUUUCAUUAGUCAUGGGAUUUGUUUUACAAUGUUACUGUUACAUAAUUGAACUUUCCACUGAUAAUUAUUACCUCAGCUUUUAACGUGGUGAUACAUUUUUAAAUAAAGUUGUAUUAAAAUAAUUUUUAUGCAAUUUUAUAAUGAACUUAGAAAAAUUAUUUAAAAAGUGAUAAAAAUAUCCACAUAAAAUAAUAUAUAUUUAUUUAUUUUACACCAGGGGCUCUCAAAAUUGUAGGCCCUAUAUAUAAUGUACCACUAAAAUAAAGUAAUAAAAUCCUUGAUCCACAAUUUAGAUUAAUUCAAAAUACAGACUUGAUAUGAUUAUGUAGCAGUUGUUUUACCUUGAAUAAUAUAAUGUUCCAAUGAAAGCAUUUUUUGAUACAGUUUGAGAAUCAUGUUGUUUAAAACUUCUUAUUUAAAUUUAAUGAUUAUGAAUAUUUCUCAUCAGCCUGAAAAGUCAUGGGAAAUUGACUUGGAACAUCUGGAAAGUUCAGUUGAUGAGAAAACUGCAGCUGUCAUUGUAUGUAAUCCAUCUAAUCCCUGUGGAUCUGCUUAUAGCAAGGAACACUUGUUCGAAAUUCUGGACACUGUUGCGCGUAAAAAGAUUCCAAUUAUUGCAGAUGAGAUCUAUGAACACUUUGUAAGUUUUACUUUUACUUAGGUUUAAUUUUUAAUUUUCAGUAUAGGGCCUAGGCCUAAUCUGUUUUUCAUUUUGUAAGAAAAUUUAGCACUUUUUAAGUAACUUUUAAGGUAAUUUCAUGUUUUUUGUACUUUAAUAGGUUUUUAAUGGUCAGACAUAUCACUCACUUGCUUCCCUGUCUAAAGAUGUUCCUAUACUUGCAUGUAGUGGGCUGACCAAAAGGUAAAAUAUAUCUUUUAUAAGUAAUGCAUUGCCUGUCAAAAUAGAAUUAAGAAUUAAAUGGAUGAACAAUAGUUUCAAGGGACAUAAAUUAACUAAAAACAAAAAAUAUUUUUUACACUAUUUAGUUUUUAAAAAUCUUAAGCUUAGCACUACAUUGUAGAAAAAAUCAACAUAGCAACAUAUAUUUUUUUGUUCAUACACCCAUCUCUUUAUGUGUAAAAAAAAAAAUGCUUUCUCAUGCUGUUAUAUAUUUGGUCAAUAUUAUAAGAAAUGUUUCAUGUACUUUCAGAUUUCUGGUUCCUGGUUGGAGACUGGGAUGGAUUGUCAUCAAUGACAGACAUGAUGCCUUCUCACAGGUAUAAAAUGAAUGAGAAAACUCUGCAUGCUUGAAGUCAUAGCUGUACACCAGUCUGCUUACAAAAAGAUUUAAAAUUUCAUAAUCAUUUUAAGAAGUGUACAAUUGUUAUUAUAUGCUUCAUACAUAAUCACCCAAAAGAAGAUAUGUCUUAAGAUGUUGGGAAAUUAUUGAAUCUAGGUCCGGACUGGACUACUGAAGCUGUCUCAGAGAAUUCUUGGCCCCAAUACACUUAUCCAGGCAGCGCUCCCUGAGAUUCUCAAAAACACGCCACAAAGUUUCUUUGAUGAUACAUUAAAAUAUCUUCAAGUAAGUUGGAUAUGUAGUGAAGUUCACAUUAAAAUAUCUUCAAGUAAGUUGGAUAUGUAGUGCAGUUCACAUUUUCUGUUAGGUUUGAGUUUCAUGACUUAUUACUUGUAAGUUUGCGUUGAAAACUUGAAAUCUUAAAUGGAGUUUUAACAUUUAUUUUUUAAAGUUUUAAAUAUAUUUUCUUUUUCAUAACUUUUAAUUAACCUUAAUUAAUUAGCAUUAAUCAUCUAAUUUUCCAAAUAAAAUCUCAAUAACAUUUUUUUCUUUCCAGACAAAUGCUGAUUUGUUUUAUCAAAACCUCAGUGACAUUCCCGGCCUACAUCCUGUGAUGCCACAAGGAGCCAUGUAUAUGAUGGUGAGUUUUAAAUAAAUAAAAAAUAUAAUCCUAAUUGUUGUAGUGAUGUGAUGUGGUUUGUCUUGAUUGGUGAUGUGUCGGUAAUUAUCAAGGUUGUUAUUAUUGCUGUUAUCACAAAAAUGCUACUAUGGCUUUCAAAUCCCUUUCUUCUGCAUUCCUUACUACAUAAUUAUUUUAAUCAAUUUUUUAAAAUUUUCAAGUUAAAUCUCAUUAUCAGGUUGGGAUAGACAUGAAACAUUUCCCUGAAUUCAAAUCAGAUGUUGAUUUCACCCAAAAAAUGAUUACAGAGCAAAGUGUGUUCUGCCUGCCUGCAUCGGUAAGUUUUCUUUUAUGUUCUAAAGUAAUCAUUUAGUAUGUCUUCUACGUUAUAGAUUUUAAUGAUAAUAAUAAUAUGAUUACAUUAUUCCCAUAGGCUUUUAAAUAAACGUAACCCAUUAUGGAUAAAUAUUUACAAAAUUCUUAUGCAUAUCUUUCCAGUGCUUCCAGUAUCCGAACUUCUUCCGUGUUGUGUUGACAGUUCCAACAGACAAAGUUAUUGAAGCCUGUGACAGGAUAAAGGAAUUCUGUGAAGAACACUUUCAAAUAGAAGAUGGUAAUGGAUUUGAAUUUUUUGCGCAGAAAAUGAAGAAUGGCCACAUCAAUGGGUUUGAAGCAAACAGGUUCGUCGAGAUUGAAAAAUGAAUUUAUAAACCGUGUCACAAAAGAGUUACCAGACCCUGCAGCAGCAACAAGAUGAAACCAUUCACAAGUGUAUGUAGAUUUGUACAAAAGUGUUUUGUGUCUUUUUAACAGAAUUCACUUUUUUUUUAAAAAUAGUUUUCUUCUGGUUUACAUCAAAAGCAGGAAAAAACCAAUCACAACUUACCUUCUGAUACAUUGUCGUAUCUUAGAGUUUUCAUAUCUUUAUUUUUCACAGUGUCAAUAUUUAUAUUCUCUCGCUUCCUGUUUUCCCACUUCCGGAGAGACGAAUGAAUACUGCUUGAGUUGUCUACUGUGUUCUUUUCUUUGUUAUAUUUUCAUUUCUAUUGUUGGCUGAGGAAGGCUUUAUGCCGAAACGUCCUUGUUUUUUGUCCUGUUACCUUAUUUCAAGCUUCCACAUACCUCGUUUCACUAUUUCAUUCAUUUACAUAGCUUCAAAGCAGUCCCUUCAUUUAUUAUUUCAUAUCUUAGAGUUGUUUAUAAACUAAGAAAAGCAAAUACAGCUACAUUCCAAGUCCCAUGUGCAUGGAAACGAUGCCAAAUUGUGAUGCAUUUAGUGAUUUUGUCUAGCCUGAAAUAACCUGUUUUUAAUUGACUUUCCUGUCACUUGUGUACAUUUUUGUCUUCUUUAUUUUCUCUCAUUUUUUUUACAAUGGGUUAUCUAUCUUGUACAUUUGAAGGGGAAAAACAAAAAAUUUCAUUAAAUGUGCUUUCACUGCUUUGUAAAUGUGGUACAGGUUAGGCUUUUAAGAAAAACCUGAUCUUUGAGAAGAUACAGGUACUUAUGGAUACCCAUGAAAUGUUCAAUUUGAUUUAACAAUUAUUUUUAACUUCUGUACAAAAAAAAAUGAAUUAAAUUAAAAUGUCAAUGUAAAUUUCCCCCCCCCCCCCCCCUUCAAAUCUCAACACAAAAAUACACACAUGGAUGUUGACCUUGCUCUUUCUUCUAGCCCACAAUGCUCAUCACCGGGUACUUGCCUCUAGCAAAUACUCUAGCCAACUAAAGGACUGUUGGAGUAAACACAAUGAUACAUGUGUUGCACAACUUUUCGAGGUUUCAAAAGUUAAUGUGAAAUACAAACUUGGUCUGAACAGUUAGGUUCAUAUCAAAUUAAAUUUGUUUAAAUUCCAUGGCUCAUUGCAAAAUUCUGACCCUCCAUUCGGAGCUUAUAGUAUUUAAUUACAUUUGGAAUAAAUAGCCUAGAUGUAUGACCGCAUAUGUAAUAUAUAUAUGUAUACAUAAAAAUCUAAUAUAUAUGUAUAUUUGUAAAUAAUAUUGCUAAAAAAAAGUGUUGUUCUUAUAUUUGAGGGGCCCACGAUCAAUUUGUUGAUCAUUCUGCCUCCUGGUUUGAAUUCAGAGUUUGCCUUCUCUUAGAUGGGUUGCCGUCCAAGGCUUACGAGUCCCAUCCACCCGGGGUGCUGGGAUGUUGGCUUUGGUGGGGAUUGAACUCCAGACCACCAACUAUUUGGUUUGAGACAAUUUAGACCGCUCGGCCACCCAGCAUGGAGUUACCGGUGACCCCCAUCACCCGACAUGUUUAAGGAUCAUGCCGCUUGUAAUGUGUAAAUCUAAUCCUGACAAAUAUAUAAAAAAAAAUCUGUGAUGUUAACGUUGUGCUGUACCUUAAAUGAGUUUCUUUUCAUUGUAGUAGAUCUGAUGAGACAGCAGCAGUUCUAUGUGUUUGAAUGUUUGAUGAAGGGUUUGAAGAAAUAAACCUUUUAGACCUGAUUGCUGUCGUUUUGUGCUUUGUUAUUGUAAUUUACUCAUGUCAUCAUUCACUGAAAAAGACCCCCCAUUAGUGUCUUAUAAUUAAUUUAUUGGCAUCAUCAAAACAGGGCCCUGUUUAAAAGAGACCGUUAAUUUUAAGUUGCCCAAAUGUUCCUUCUUCCCCCAUUUAAAAAAACAGUUGAAAGAGAAGGAAGGCCAAACUAUUUCAACAUGUGUUGAUUGCCGAAAAUAAAGUUAAG